CGCAGUGAGCGGGGCGCCGGGCCGGGGCGGGCGGCGCGGGGAUCGCCCGUGCGGGAGCUCGGCCCGACGAGGGCGGGCGCGGGACCCUCGACAUUCGUCACACCGUGUGACGUGGCGUGUCUGCGUCCGGGCAUCACUUUUUGACCGACUUCAGUGUAGGACAGCGACCGGACAGCCCCGUCCCUCAGCAGCCUAGAGCUGAUGGCCGUGGACAAAGCCAAACCGUGUGAGAUAGACCAAGAGAAAUACGAUGCCGAGGACAACGUGAAGAUCAUCUGCCUGGGCGACAGCGCUGUGGGCAAGUCCAAACUGAUGGAGCGAUUUCUCCUGGAUGGAUUUCAGCCCCAGCAGCUGUCCACGUACGCCCUGACCUUGUACAAGCACACAGCUACAGUAGAUGGCAAGACUGUCCUUGUUGACUUCUGGGACACGGCCGGCCAGGAGCGUUUCCAGAGCAUGCAUGCCUCUUACUACCACAAGGCCCACGCAUGCAUCAUGGUGUUUGAUGUCCAGAGAAAAGUCACCUACAAGAACCUGAGCACCUGGUACGCGGAGCUUCGGGAGUCCAGGCCAGAGAUCCCGUGCAUCGUGGUUGCUAAUAAAAUCGAUGCAGAUAUAAAGAUGACCCAAAAAAGCUUCAAUUUUGCCAGGAAGUACUCCCUGCCCCUGUACUUUGUCUCAGCUGCUGAUGGCACCAAUGUCGUGAAGCUCUUCAAUGAUGCCAUCCGCUUAGCUGUGUCUUACAAACAGAACUCACAGGAUUUCAUGGACGAGGUCCUGCAGGAGCUGGAGAACUUUGACUUGGAGCAGAAGGAGGAGGAUGUGCCAGAGCAGGAGCAGCCUGGCCACCUGGAAGCCCAUGUCCCGCCUGACUCAGAGGACACAACCCCUCCAGCAAUCCCACAGCCCUGAGAUGGGAUUCCAGGCCACUGCGUGCACAUCCUGCAGACCCACUGUCCAGGUCACCCCAUCUGCACCCUGCAGAACCCCCAUCUUGUUUACACCCACAUGUCUGAGCCUGCACAGAGACCGUACUCUCCCUUGAGGACAGAAAGGACAGCUCUGUAGCCCCUCAGUCGGACAUAACCCUCGUAGACCCUGGGAAGAGCCUGUCCACAGCUGCACAGCACACACUCAGUGCGUCUGUUGAAUAAAGAAACUCUCCACGGCGUCUUCUCCCACAA